GCGCCUUGCGCCGGGGAGGGAGCCGCUGGCUGGCUGGCUGUCUCCGCCGCGCUCGGCUCUGCUCGGCUCAGUGUCGCCGGAGCCGCCGCGGAGGAGGGAGGCCGCGGGGUAAGGAGCCGCCCGCGGAGCAAGCCAGGCCCGGGCAUCGCAGCAGCCGCCGCCGCCGCCGCCUGCAGGGAUGGACAGCAGGGAGGGCCCGGCCGCUUUCUAGGGCCGCCCGGCCGUCGAAAACCACCCGCAGCUUUGCGCGCUUCUCUUUCGGCGAGCCAGCUGGUGCGCGGAAUCUCUUCGGCGCGGCGGUCGCGGCGAAGGCACAGCUGGAGCCGCCGCGCUGCCUUCGCCCCCCCCGCUCCUUUUUCUGCUUUGCACCAAGCCGUCGCCACCUCGCGCUCGGAAGGUUGGGCGCUGCUUGAGGUACCUUUUGGAGAUGGGUGCUCUCGGCAGAGGCUGAGCGAGCCGCCUUGGCCUCAGAGCAGCAGCAGCAGCGCUGUCUGCCCGGCCGAAGAGAGGGUCGUCGGAGCCUGGGAGUGGAGUUUACACCUUCCCGGCCGGCCUUUCCCUCGAAAGUGCAGCCUGUUGUCUUCUCUGUUGCGCCUGCCUGCCUCUCCUCUUUUCCGCGAGAGGGAGCGAGCGUUCAUCCUCCCCUCGGCGGCCCGGCUGCUCCGCACACAAAGGGACCAGCCCCGCUCGCGGCUCUCCUCCUCCGCGGCCUCUUGCCUGCUCCAUCCAUGUCGUCUUGGCUAUCUCGGCUCUGCCGCGCGCGGCCCCGGCGGGAUGUGAACAUCGCUCGCGGGUUGCGGCCGAGGCGACUCCUGCAGAGCCCCGGGAGGGCUGUGCUGCCCGGGCCCCGAAGAGCCCGCUGCCCGUGAAGCGGCCCAUGCCGGCCGGACCUCGUCGCCGCCGCCGCCGCCUGGGCAGCAGCUCCGCGCCCGAGAUCGAGAGAGCAACCGGCGGGCGGAUGCUGCGGAUCGGCUGUAGCGCGCCGCGGAAGCCUCGCUGAGAGCGCCCAGCCGGACUCGACGGGGCUGCAAAGCUUCGCUUUGCCUUGCAAGCGCCUUGGAUUUCCCGUCGGAGAGCAAAAUACAUUCAUGUGAUUCUCUUUUCUUGGUGGCUUUGUUUUUCAAACCUAGCGAGGAUUUCCUCCCUUCCCCGCCCGCUUUUUUUUCUCUUUGCUUUUUGCCGUCUUGCCUCCCUCUCCUCCGCUCCCUCCCAUCCUCCCUCUUUGCUUCAUGGCUCCAAGGACGAGGCGGACGAGGCUGCUUCCGGCUGCGGCGUCCUGAAAAGGAUUUCGAGAGGACUUAAGGAGCACCUGGAUGUGCAUUCUGGAGUGACGCCAUCUGAGCCUUGUCUGCAUCACCAGCCAUGUUGGCCUGCCUGCAGAGAACACAGAACCCACCGAGCCAGCACCUGGCAUGCCCAAACAAGGCCCUGGAGCCACGCAAGUGUGAAGCCAUGGCUCCCUUGCAUUCCCCACGGUACCCCAGCCCAGCAGAACUGGAUGCGUAUGCGCAGAAAGUGGCUAACAACCCUCUCACCAUCAAGAUCUUCCCCACCAACAUCAGGGUCCCACAGCACAAGCACCUUAACCGGACGGUGAACGGGUACGACACAACAGGGCAGCGCUACAGCCCCUACCCUGUGCACGCAAGCGGCUACCAGGGACUCCUGGCCAUUGUGAAGGCCUCCUCCUCCAGUAAGGGUGUCGUGAAGAGUGCAGAGGGCAAGCGGACUAAGAUGUCCCCUGCCCAUGUGGCCAUUGCCCCUUACCCUGUGACAAGCACUUUAGCCCCAGGUCCUUCCUGCGCAACACAGAUGAGCUACCACAGCAGCCAGAAGCAAAUGGAGGCCCCGGUGCCUCCCAGUGUCGCUUCAGUGAUCCCACACACCGGCAGGAACCUGGCACUGCCUCAGUCCAACCUGCCGUCCAUCCAGAACAUAAUCUUCCAGAUCAAUCAGCAAUGCCAGACCCAGAAUAGCCAGCCGGUAUGCCAAGGAGUAGUAGUGAGCAACCCCAGCCCGGCCAAGCAUGGCUGCGCCAACGGUUUUGCCACCAUGGCAUCGGUGGGUGCGGCGGCAGUGGCGUACGCAGGUGCCAUGCUGCCUGAGUGCCACAAAGGGGCUGAGCUGGUGGCAGGCAACCCAACCGGCGGGCUCGUGAGCUGCAAAGCUGGCAUCUACCCCGACAGCAUGGACUACCUGCUUUGGCAGCAGCAGCAGCAGCAGCUGCGGAUGUACAGCGCGGGCAGUGGGGGUGGGGGUGCCAUUAGCAAGUCGCCGGAAAUGUGCGCUGGGAUCCUGCGCACCUACCCCAUGACAGGUGCUGCUGACAAGGUGACCUCAUCGCCUUUGAACUGCGUGGGCAUGCAUGGGAAUUUCUCCGUGGGGCAGUACUUUGCACCCCCUUGGAACAGCAUCUUGGUCACUCCCAACAGUGACUGCUACAACCCCCAGGAGCUGGCGAACGGGCAUCGUGAGCUGGGUGUGCACCCCUCGGAUGGGCUCCCCAGUUUGCCCAGUAAGACCCUUUGCAAUACCUCCGUCCUCAGCAGCAGCCUGCAGUCUCUGGAGUAUCUCAUCAAUGACAUCCACCCCCCUUGCAUCAAAGAGCAGAUGUUGGGCAAAGGCUACGAAACAGUCUCCGUGCCACGGCUCUUGGACCACCAGCACGCCCACAUCCGCCUGCCUGUCUACAGAUAGGAGCUGCUGACCCCCUGUUCUGGACCUGUGGGCAAACCACUUCUACUACUGACCCCCUUGCCCUGUCCCCCUCUCCAGCACCGCCAGGGUGUGCGCAGCCACACCAAGGAAAGAGGAACGGAAACAGAGACGCGCUGGAAUCUUAGAGCUUAGGCUGCGCCACUGGCUGCUGCCCCAGGACAGAGGAAAUGCUUGUCUGUAUAGCUCGGAAAUUUUUGCUUUUAUUUCUAAGAAUGUGAACAGGGAGAUGCUAUCCAGUUUUGCUGCUAAUCCAGGGAGAGGAGGCUUCGCUCCGCGUGUGUGUGCGUGCGGGCGUGAAAGCGGGCGUGCUUGAGUGUGUGUCUGUUUACCAGUUGGAUUUGCAUGUGGAGGGGCCCCUUUUCCUCUUCCAGAAAGAUGUUUCUGUCCUGUGUUGAGUUCACAUGGGAGUUUUAAAUGCACCACGAUUGGGGCAAGGGUGGGUGGGAGCAGAUGGAACCCCUUCCCCAGGCCUCCUCCCACGAACCCAGGCGGCUUAGUUGUGUGGCUUUGCCUACUUUCUAGUUGAAGUCUGUAACUUGCACUGUUUCGAUUUAAAGCUAAUAAUGGAGGGGAAGGUCUGGAGGCUAUUUAAGGAAGAAAACACUUGAAAAACUUGAAGCGACUUUUUGUUGUUGUUUUAGUUGAACCUACUGUACAUUUCUGUGUUUGGCUGCUACAUGAUGGAGUCCCUCUCCCCUACGUCAGCAUAGCCCUAGGUGAUUGUGUGGUUUUUUUUAAUUAAAACCUUACAUUUUAUUAUUAUUAAUAAUAAUAUUAUUUUAAUGGUGAUAUUUCAUUGCCUGUGUUUGUCUGGGAUACCAGCAUACUCUGCUAGGAUGUUGUGCUUGAAAGAAGGAUAGGCCAUAAUUGGAAGGAUAAGUCCCCCUCCCCCCACUUCUUCGCCCUUCGUUUUAAUGCUUGCUGUCUCUUUCAAGGCCAUCUUCGUAGCACCCACCUAUGGAUGCACAGUUUGAGAGGGCAGAGGGGGAAAGCAAGAGAUGGGCAUGCAAUUUUACCACUGACAUGUCGGGAGCCGGAGACUGUUCUUUGUUGUUGUGGUCUGUCCCCAGAAGUUAAAAACCGAAUCAGACCCACGAGGGCCCAUUUGAUCUAAUGCAAACUCCCCCCCCCCCUUUUUUGUGGCUGGUAAUUUUUUUCCAUUCGGCUGGGGCCAGGUAUAAACCAGGUCAAACACGUGCAGGGAAGGGGAGUGAGGUCCGUGGAAUCAUUUUCAUUUUAAAAAGAGCAAGAGGUAGGCAGGAGAAAUGCCAGAUUGCUCUUCUGCCCAGCGUUGGGAGUUGAUAUGCUGUCUCCGUUACACCUCCCACAUCUUAAUUCCACCUGCCCAGAUCUAGUUACAGAACGUUAUGGAUUCUCAAGCAAUGUAUUUUGCUGUUGGCUUAUAUCUUCUGUUGCAUAGGCAGCUUGCAGUUGGAGACUGUAGAAAUGCAUCCAGCUAUUUUGUUUGUUUUUCAUGUUUUGGGGUGUUUUUUUUUUUAUUUCCAGGAUAUAAGAAUGUGCAUACUUUAAUUCCCUGUCUUAAAAAAAAAAAAAAAAACAGCUCCCCAAAAGUAUUCCUUCUUCUCUUGUCAUUCAACCCAUGCAAUUUAUGUGUUUCGUAGAUUUUAUUCAAGGGGCCUGCUUUGCAGGGAUUAGAGGUGCCCCCUCCCCACUUAAAAGAAGAAAAAGAACAGAGCCUCAAAGUGAUUGUGCUCAGAAUAUAGAGGUACUGUGUCCUUAACCACCUGUUCCAGCACUAAGUGCAUUUACAAAUCUCUGAGAAUGUGUUUUUAUAUGAAAAAGCGACCAUUAUAUUCUACUGUGAGAAGUGCACUCUGCACUAUAUUGUUUUAAAAAUGAGAGAAAACAAAAAGAUAGCAAAAAAAAAAAACAGCAAACGAUGUCUCUGGAUGUUUUCUUUCUUUUUCCUCUACCCUCUCUUCCCUCCCCCCCACCCCCACCCCCAC